AUGUCACGACAGCUAGCGCUCGAGAAAGAGUUGCUGCAAGUCAAAAGUUUAAACAAAACCAUUGACGCCCUUACAGAGACCGUAGUUUCUGCCAAAAAAAACAUAGCCAAAACGAAAAGCACGACUGACAGCGCAGGCGCUCUCUUGGAAGAUUGGAUCAAGAUACUAAAUCAAACGUCGUUUGCGAGAAAUGCCUUACAAGACUCGCGAUGGAAAGGACCAAUCGAGGAUAAUGAGGAUGAGGGCGAUGAGGUGCUGGUGCAAGUAGACCAGUUGACGAGUGAACUAGAGGCUCUAGAAGAACAGAAUCGAAAACUUCAAGCACAGUUAGACUCUUACAAAAGACCAGAUUCGCUGGAGAGGUCAAGGAAGAGACAGAAAACUUAG